AUGUUGACGUGUAUAACGUGCUCAAAGCAACGAGCUGAUGAUGGAGAAGAAGCACCGAGAGGGACUCCAAAUACAAAAGACGCAGUCAAGACCCUCACCAAUCAGAUCAAGGAUUUGGCAGUGAAGGUCUCGGGAUCUAGUAAACAAAGCAAAGGAGAGAGCAGCUAUAAGAGAGGUCAAAGAUCAUAUCCUGAUUUCGAUAUAUCAGAAGGGCCAUACCCUUCUUAUAUGCAACCAGGAAGCACAAGUUCUACUCCAGCUUGGGAUUUCACUAGCACUGCACAUCGUGCUUCUCGACCUGACUCAAGAUCUAGCAGAGCAUUUACCGGUGAUCAAACCCCUGAUGCACGAGAAUCUAUCUCGACUAAGUAUGGUGAAGUGGUGCUAGAAAAUGAUGAUGAACCUAAAGAAUGGAUGGCACAGGUGGAGCCAGGUGUUCAAAUUACUUUCGUGUCUCUCCCUCGCGGUGGAAAUGAUCUUAAACGAAUCCGUUUCAGCCGAGAGAUGUUCGAUAAAUGGGAAGCUCAGAGAUGGUGGGGCGAAAAUUACGAUAGAAUAAUGGAGCUCUACAAUGUUCAGAAAUUCAAUCAGCAAGCUUUUAACACUCCCGGGAGAUCUGAGGAUGGGAGGGAUUCUACUUACUCGCGGCUAGAAUAUGCCCGGGAAAGCCCGAGGAUGACUCCAUCAGUAAGGAAUAGGCCCUCUGGGAGUAGUAAUUAUUUCCCACCAGACCAUGGUGGCAGUCAGUAUUAUAAUGCAGGAUCAAGAGCUUAUCCUAGUGGUGCACCAAGAGGUGAGAUGUCGUAUAUGGAAGCAUCGAGGGAUACAAACGCCUCAAUAGACGAGCCAUCAGUUUCCAUAAGCAAUGCCAGUGACAUUGAAUCGGAGUGGAUCGAAGAAGAUGAGCCGGGAGUAUAUAUUACCAUCAGACAACUGGUCGAUGGUACUAGGGAGCUUCGGCGUGUCAGAUUCAGCCGGGAAAAGUUUGGAGAGGUGAAUGCAAAGCUCUGGUGGGAGACAAACAGGGACAGAAUACAAACUCAGUACCUAUAA